AUGAAGCUCGCCAAUUGCCUGGCGAUCUUGUCACCACUCGUCGCAGCUUCUGCUGUGAAAAUCACCGGUAGCAACGCCCCGCGAGACGCAAAAGUCAAUUACGAUGGCUACCAUGUAUACCGGGUCUCAACCGCCAAUGCCCCCAGCGACCUCCAAUCCCGUUUAGUGUCAUUUCCUUCAAUUGACUUGAAAGACUUCAUUGAGGUCGCGGUUCCGCCAAAUGAUAUCGGCGGCUUCGAGGCUUUGAGACUUGAUGCCCAACUUCUGAGCAACGACUUGGGCAACCAGAUUAGGGAAGAAUCUCGAGUCAUUAGCUCUACCCCAUUGACGAAACGGGGCGGCUUGCCAAGUCUAAGCUGGUUCGAUUCCUACCACUCAUAUGAUGACCACGUACAAUAUUGGAAGGAUCUUCAUGCUGCGUUCCCAAACAACUCGCAGUGGCUGGACAUUGGAUCUUCGUACGAAGGUCGCAACAUCUUUGGGCUGAAGCUUUGGGGUGGAAAACCGGCAGAGAACAAACCCAUUGUCCUUUGGCACGGUACCGUUCACGCCAGAGAAUGGAUCACAACCAUGACCGUCGAAUACCUGACUUACCAGCUCAUCGAAGGCUAUCGGUCGGGGAACAAGAACGUCACAGCAUUCUUCGACGCUUACGACUUCUACAUCGUGCCCUUCCACAAUCCAGACGGCAAGAAUUCCCCGUCCCGUCCCACUCGUGCUCCUCAAUCCACUAACUUCCAUCAAGGCUUCGUAUAUACGCAAACGACAGAUCGUCUCUGGCGGAAGAACCGCCAACCACGCUCCAACGUAACCUGUAUCGGCACUGACGGCAAUCGUAACUGGGACUUUCAGUGGAACUACCCCCUCGAGGACGGCAGCGUUUCCUCAGAUCCCUGCAGCCAGACUUUCCGAGGCCUCAGCCCAGGUGAUACGACCGAGAACGUCGUUCUCUCCGCUCUCUCCCGCAAGCUAGCCGCCACGCCGGGAGGCAUUCGGCUCUUCAUUGACUGGCACAGCUACUCGCAACUCAUCCUCCUGCCUUGGGGGUUCUCCUGCGCGCCGGAUGUCCUCCCCAAAAACCUACAGGCACAGCGUGAUGUUGGCGGCGGUUACGCUGCUGCUAUUAAUGCUACGAGUGGCGAGGAGUAUCAGGUCGGGCCUUCAUGUGAGAUCUUGUACUACUCCACUGGUUCUGCGAGGGAUUUCCAUCAUGGCGCGCUGAAUGCGACGUAUUCUUGGAGCGUUGAGUUGAGGCCUAAAACCAGUGGUGCCGGUGGUUUUGUGCUGCCUCCGGAGUUGAUUCGGCCGACGGUCAAGGAGCACUGGGAGGGGAUUAAGUAUGUUCUCCGUGCUGUUGGCUAG